UCCAAUCAGCAAGUCGUUGACUGUGGCGAUGUAUGUGUUGUGUGCUGGCUGCUACGAGCGAGGCUAGACAGGCAGUAUGGCGGAGGAGAGCAGUGUGUACGAGUUAGAGGGUCUAGAAAAACAAUUGCAGAUUUUGUUUAGCCGCUACUCAAGCGAUGAACUCCGAGGCGACAGCGAAGCGUUCUGCUUUGACUUUUGCAAGCUGGUGGAGGAGUACGCCUCUCGCUGGCAGGUGCUCCUGCCUCAGCUCAGGAUCCUUGAGAUUGCUCUCUGCUAUUUUGCGCAAGCCUCAUCCUUCUUCACAUCAAACUGUGAUCACGUGCUCCGCACACUCAGUAGCCUGGCUUUGAGUGUUUUUGAGUUGCUGCUUUUCUUUGACCAGAACGACUUCUGUCAGGGGCCACUGAAACACUUUACUCAUACAUUCCAGGAAUGUUAUUUGGCUCUUGCAAAGCACCAGAAUGUUCACUUACUUCAGGUGGAGCGUUUGGUUCAGGGCGGCGGGCCUUGGGCCAACCCGACCGUACAGGCAAUCCUCAGCGAGUCCAGUUUACCUCAGAAUGACGUGGAUGGAUACAUCAGCUCUCAGCUGCCGGUGUUCUUUGAGCUUCGCGUGCGCUACCUUUUAUCCUGUGAGCGUAUUGCUGAAGCUAUGGCCCUGGCUAAGUGUUGUGCUCGGCAUCCCAACACAGGACAACACUUGUUCUUCCUCCAGGUCUACCUCACGUGGCUUUACAAAACUUCACAGCAUGACUGUCUACAUAAAGAGGUUGCGGAUCUUAAUGGUAAAAAUGCAGUGCACAUCAUCUGUAACUUGGAGUUUGAAGAAAAGGAUGAGUUACUGUUAGCUCUCAUCACAGCCUUUCUGUCCCAGCAGCUCUGGAGGGGAGAUAUGUACUAUUUGUGUGAUCUUGUGUUCUUGUGGACUAAACUUCAUACUCGGUUGAACACAUCCAAGCAAGUUCUUCUAGAGGAGACUCGCCAGCUGAUGCUGUCUGCCACUAAUGUCAACUCGAUCUUCCCGUUCAUCAGAUCCAUACUGCAAGAAGUCGGAGACAAUGGUAUCCAGUUUUGUGUGGAGCUCUGUGCUAAUGCACUGAAGUCUUGUCUUCCCUGUGAUACCCUCACGAAAUCACUAAUCUACAAAACCAUUGCCGGCCUGCUACACAAUGAUCUGGAGGUAUGCCGGGCGUGUGCUCUUCUCGUCUUCUUCUUGGAGCGCACUGUUGAGUCCUACAAGAUGGUCUACCUUCUUUACAUGCAUCCUGAUCAAGAGUACGACGCAGAGUACAGCUCUAUUGGAAAUAAUGUUCGCUUUGAAACGCUACAGGUCUUGAAGAAGGAUCUGUAUUUUGAUCCAGAGUUUUGGAACCUCAUUGCUUUGAGGACCAACUGUUUGAAGCUGAUGAAUGAGAAAGUGGUUAGUGCUGCUCUUGAAGAAAUCAUGGAGGACAAAUGGAUUUCAAACUACUGCACCAAAGACUCUGAUUUCCGAUCAAGUGUGUUGGCAUGUCAGAAAGGAAGUAAAAGUGUACUUCAGGCAGAAGCUAAAAAGCGGCAUCAUAAAGAGGAUACAAAUGCUGCAUCAAAAAGACUAAGGAUGGGCACAGGAAAAACACCAGUAAAUGUUGAUCACAGUGCAAAGAAGAAGGGCAACCAGGGGUCAAGACCUUUGAAGGAAAGAUCUGCUGAACCUUUGAGGCGCUCAUUUUGGCAGCUAGACAGAAUACGGGACAGUGUAGGCCAAGCAUACGAACAACAUAGACGCAUUACACGGUUGUCUGAAAAGAAUCUCCCAAAACGGAGAAUUAGAAAACCAAAGUGGCUCCUAGAAGACUCGGGAACUCUUGAAGAGAACGUUCCCCUGAAGGUCAAAAGACAUGGGUUGAAACAUGACAAGCACCAUCGAUCAUCUCUCAGAUCAGAAACGGGUCGUAUCAGGAACCAUGCCAAACACAAAUCUUCAGUGAACCCUCAGUUAAAUGAAAGUGAAGACAUUAAAUACCAGAAAGGGUUUUCUUUGGAUUGUUCUAAACCAGAUUCUCCUCCACAAGUAAUUCUGGAACUUUCGCUACCAGACAAUGAACUUGUGGGUGCGUUUAAUGAAGAUGUUUGCAACCGAAAGAGAGGGUUCCCACAAGUGCUUCUUUACAAACCUACUGUGAAGCUUCCUGCAACAUCACCACCCGUCAAGACUGUGCAUCGUAACAAGGUGAUUCUCAGAGCACGGGAUCCAUCCAUAUUUGUCCAGCAGUUGCAUUGUUAUGCAAGACGGCAAAAAGGAAAAGGAAAUGGGCUGAAUAUUCAAAGCUCAGUAUCCACAAUCACACGGUCAUCUGUGCACGGUAGCCCUCCAAAAGAUCCGCUUUGUGGAGAACCUGCCACUGAAACAAAGGAUACAAUUGGCUUUCCAGCAGCAGCAGUUAAACAUAGCGGAUCCUCAGUUGGAGAAAUUCAGACUUCUGUCUCAGGAAAGAUAUCUUUAGUAAGAGAGCUCUCUGAGAAGUCAGCUUCUGAAAUGGGAGAUACCACAGCGUCUUCAGCAGCAACAGAAAUUCCACAUUUAGAUGAAAUCUGCGAAGGUUCCACCAUUGCUUCAGCAGAAGAGGCCUGUGAAGAGCCCACUGUUGAAAUGAAAGUUACUAUUGCCUCGAAAUCCACGGUUUUAGGCAAAGCUCCAACAGCAAAAGAUUUCUCAAAAACUGAAGUUUCUCAGACUUUAACAUCAGGGAAAAAGAAAGUUACUGACAAAGUCCGCCCAGUUUCCAAUAAAGGGAUUGCUUCCAAGUCUAGGAAUGCUGAUCGUGCACAGUCACAGUGUCAAGAUAGAGAACAAGAACUUAACUCUUUCCAGACUGAGAGUGAAGAAGGCAAAAGCGAUGUUUCUGCGAUAGAUCUCACAACGGUUUCACCUAAAGAUUCAAGAGGACAUGUGCCUUGUAAAAGUGACUCAAGUCGGGGAAGAAAUGAAGCCGCUCUAUGGAAGUUAACCAAAAUUGAGGCUUCACGUACAGACCAUGACAGUAUAAGUGACAUAUCUUCGCUAACACUAGUAACAGAGAUGGUGACUGAUCUUCCCCCUGGGCACCUUACUCAAGACCUGGAGAAUGACAAAGAGCGAACUCCAACCAAUAGUGCCUCCAAAGACUCUAGAGUUGGAAGUAAACCUAACAAUCCUCAAAAUAUACGGACUACCUCCAGCUGCUCUUUACAAGAACAGAAGGCCUUGGAAGUUGAUGGGACAACUCAGGAUGGCAGUUUAGAUACAUGGGAGAACAGCGAACUUAUGGAAACGCCACAAGAAUCGGAGGAAUCAAAGUUAGAGUACUGUUGUACCUUCUGCAAAAAGGAUUUCAAGGGAACUCGUGUUGUGGCACAUGCAAUGUUCCAUUAUCGUAAAGAUGAGUGCAUGUUCUGUGGGAAAGUGUUCACAGAUGACCUCCUGGCCAUGAUGCACCUGUCUGAUCAUAUAGAGAAGCUAAAGAGGAUUAAAGCCGAAGAAAAUGGGGUGCCUGACACCAAAGAUGUCUCAACACCUAAACCCAAAGCUAAGAUGGCAAACACAUCUUCUGGGAGUCAGAGUAAGGGGAGACCAAGGAAAUCAACUGCCUGUCCUACAUCAGUAAGCCCACCACCUGAAAGCAGAAAAUUAAGAUCCAAUGAAAAGCCUGUGGAUGGUUCAUCUUCACAAGAGAAACAUAACACGUCUAAGCACCUUAAUAGUAAAAGUCCUGUUCACAAAGUAAAUGGGCAUAUCGACAAAAAGAAGGAAUUUAACAGACAGAAAAAGGAUGUGGAAGCUAAGCAGAUACAAGGAAAGCAAAGAGCAAAUAUAGGCUCUUCUGCAGCAAACAAAGAGUUGGCCUGUUCCACAGAAGAUAAAUUGAAGGUGAAAGCUACAAAACAAAUUUGGAAAGUUGUUACAGAAAAAAAUACAGAGCCACAAGAGAAAAUUAGCUGUCCCGCAGAUGGAUGCUCUUUUUUUACUGACAUUUCAAAGAACCGUGUUGCACUUCUAUACCAUGUACUCGAUGAUCACUACGGUGAGCUGAAACCUUUAGAACUGGCGUUCCGUGUCGGAAACAAUAAAUGUAGUAUUUGCAUGAGGGUUUUAUGGAGUUUCGAACAUUUUCAACAUCAUGUUGAAAGACACAGAUGGAGUCCAAGGCAUCCUUGCCUUCAUCAGGGUUGUACUGCCAGGUUCAAAAGCGGAAUGGAAAUGAGACGCCAUGCCAGGAAGCACAGUCCACUGCAGGCAGUGUGCUGCCUCCCUGGAUGCUCUCAUUUAUUUAUUUGUCUUUGGGCACUGAACCUUCAUGAAAGAGAACACUAUGCUUCAAAAUUUACUAAUUCAGACAAAAACACAAAUGCACAAACAGGCGACAAACUUGAUGAUGCAUCAGCUGGGAGGCGGCAGCAGAGUUUGCCAGAUAGUCUCACCGCUGCAAAGAAGACAGAGAGUGUGAAGACUGCACUAAAGUUACGAGAACAGGCAAGUCAAGAGUUGUUGGUAAGAAUACAAGAUAAAGCUGCUCCUCUCUCCAUCAGCAGAUCAUCUUUGAUAAAACAGAAGUUGAAAAAGAAAAACGAGAGCAAGAAUUCAAAUGUAUUGAAGAGUCUUUCCAACAAGGAAACCUCUGCACAGCCUACUGAUUCAAGUAAUAGAUUAAGGCAUAAUUUGAGAAAAGGGCAAGUAACAAGUACAACCCUGAUGGCUCCCAAAAUUCACAAAGUUAUCUCAUCAUCAUUGUUAAAACACAGCAGCAAAGUGAGGCAUAACCCGAAGAAGAAAAAACAAAUCAAAGUAAACACAAAAGGUCCUAAAAAAAGAGGUCGACCACCCAAGUUAAAUAAUGCAAUGGAUGAUGAAAAGAUUAACGCUGGUCAAAAGGGUGAAAUGGUGAAAGAAAAAACUGCUCUGGCCAAGGCUCAGAAGAGCCCUGCCCAGCUUCGAGAGAAAGCUGUCAGUGCAAUGGAGAGUAACAAGCUAAAGAAAGAGAAAAGUCAGCAGGUCCAAGAUGGAGGCGAACGUAGAGCCAUGUCAACCAGCAAAUUGAAGAAAUUGGUGGGCAAGGAGAUCAGAAGGAAUCAUGUCCAACUAAAGUCUUCAUCAUUUAACAGUUCAAAACCAUCAGGCAUCACCAACUCUGGAAUUAAAAAAUACAGGUCACUAAGAAGAUGGGUUAAAAUUAAAAAUCAUUCUGCACCUUCAGAUCUCAAGAAGGCAAAGAAGAUUGCAAACAGUAACAACAAUGAGACUUUGAAGAAAAACCCAAAACCUGCCUUAAAAAGCCAUGCCACAUCCAGAUCGGCUGUCCCACAAGUUGAGGCCAAAGGACCCGCAGUAAAAGGUUUUGCUGAUGAUGAAGUAAAAGUAAAGGUGGAAAACAAAGACUUGACUAAAAAGGUUACUAGUGACUCAGAGCUUUCUGUCCCAGCUCCCUGCUUAAACGUACCUCCCACCACUGAGAAGGCACAUAAGUUAAAAACAGAGGAAAAAUCAAAGAAAUCACUUGUUAUAAAAGAAGACAAAAAAACAAGGACUGCUUCCUCAGACUCGAACAAGGAAAAGAAGCACAAGAUGGUAAAUGAUGAAGUCAACACGGAGACUGUCAGGAGGGAUUCCCAGACUAGAGAACCAGCCUUAAUACAAAUUGUUGAGUCUACAUCGGAAGUCCAUCAGGUUGAGGCCAGAGCAGCAGAAGGUUCUGCUGAUGAGGGAAAGGUGAAGGUGAAAAACAAAGAUGUGACACACAAUGGCUCCUGUGACUCUGUGCCAGCUAACGGCUCAGGUGUUCAACCCACACCACAGAAAGUGCAGAAACUAAAAAGGGAGAAAAGGUCAAAGAAAUCAAUAGCAACAAAAGAAGGGAAGGCUACUCGAACUGCUUCUUCACACUCAGGCAAUGUAAAUAAGAAGCACAAAAAUAUUAACAAAAGAGGGACCAAAAAGUCUGUCAAAGCAGAUCGCAGCAAAAUGUCUAAAGAGAAAAAGACGGCAAAGUCAAAAUGCAUUCAGCAAAAGGGCGACUCGGCAGAAUCUGCUCCUGUUGACGAGGAGGGAAAAGGAAAGCAAGAAGACUUAGUUGCACCAUUAGACAGCUCAGUUUCCUCCACACCUGCUGCUACUUCUGACAUCCUAAAUGAAAAGACUUGUCUGCCUGCUGCGGCUGAAGGAAGCAUGCCGAAGGUAACAAAUAAGGAAAAAUCCCAGAGAAAGAAAGCCCUAGACCCCAGUAAAGCAGAUAAGAAGCGAAAGCGUGUUCAGAAAGAUGAUGCAAAGACAGUGAAGAAACAUUGCAAAGACAAUGCGGCUCUGUCAGCAUCUAAGAAGCCUGCAAAGUCUAAAUCUGAAGUGCAACCGCUCGCUGAGGCCAAAGCGAUCGCUGAUGGGAGCCCAGUGGGUGAUGGAGAGAAACCUUCUGCAGAAACGGCACAGGCUACAAAUACUGGACCUGGAUACUCUGUGAUAACAAAUGGACAGAUGUCAGGUGACGCUGAAGACACGAAGGCCUCGGUGUGCAAGGACACUCUUGCAGAGUACAGCAAAAAGCCGUACAUGCGUCUGCCGCCUACAGCAUACCUGGAUGAGAAGUACAUCACCAUGCCAAAACGAAGGAAGGAUGCAUCUUCUGUCCUGGCGUCUCAGAUGAGCAACGAUUUAGAACAGGUCUGUUUGACAUCAGCCAUGCAGAGACAACGAUGUGCCAACUGUUUCGCCACGUUCAACAGUGUCGAGGAACUGCAGAGUCAUCGCCAGCUGCAGAAAUGCUCAGACCUCUUUGGAUUUGACUCCGAUGACGAGGGCAUCGUGUUUAAUUGAAGUGAAAAGAACUGAGGCUUGGGAUACAACACCUGUGGACCUACAUGGAGCCCAAGGAUGGAUUGUACCUCAGCAGAUUAGUGCACUCUGAAUGGCUUGCUUGUUACUCUGUGCAAAGACUCAUGCAUCUGGAGACGCACAGCAAGAACUGACAGGCUUACCGGAUUUAUGCUGUGGGGUGUAUCUAAAGAGUAAGGCCCGAGAGCAGCCUGAUCUAAUAGCCAAUCAGUGCAAACAGCUACUGAACUGAAUCCCAGUCAGUUUGUGAGAAAGAGAGAUACUGAAGUGCCUGCUCUGGAAUUGCCAUGCUGUUUUCCAGCUGUUAUACCUGGUUUGGACGCUAAGCAUUGUGGGUUAAAGACAAUGAAAGCUGUUGAAAGCUGUGAAAAAACAAAUAAACUGACAAGGCUGUUGCUGUAAUAAGGAUACAUAUUUUUCACAGUAAGCCAUAAAAUAUUCUUUGCUUUUUGCACUCUUCUCAUAAAAUUUCUCAGUUAAUUUGUCCCACCCUUGACUGGUAGUGGUGGGAAUAUACAGUGAAAGAAUCCUUUGCAAGUUCAUGCUGAUUUAACAUGCUAAUUUAGACCGAGUCUAAACUCUAAAGUUGUAAGAUUGCGGUAUCAAAGUCCUCUUUGAGAAGUUUUUAUUGAAUAUUUCUUGUUUAAAUACUAAUUGUAUUUCUUAUUAAAAAAAAUGUGGUUGAUUAGGUCUAAGCUGCUUGUCCUUACCAUGAGCAACCAGUAGGAGUCAGUGCUCACCAAUCUCUUAAUCAGUUAACAGUUUGGUUUUGGUUUUCUUUUGGCAGUGAAUUCAAUAUUCUUUACUCUUUUUGCAACAUAAAAAGCUGCUCGUUUUCUUUAACACUGUAUGAUAUAAAGAAAAUUGCUUGAUUUUCAAUCAUAUCUGGAAAACUGAACCAAGCAAUAACUGAGACCCACCAAAAUUUGCCAGUAUCCCACUAAUUUAUUGUUGGAUUUGGUUCUUUAUCAUCGUUUGUUUGUUUGUAAUUCCCUGACAGUUCAGGAACUGACCCUCUGGCUUCUAUUUAAUCAUGUAAUUGUAAUUUUUUUUUUAAACCAUAGAGACAUUUUUGAUUUCUUUAUUUGGAUGAAUCUUCUCCUUCAGAGAGAAACAUAAGCGGCAGGAAUAAACAGUUUAAAGUGUUACUGGGAGGCCAAACCAGUCUUUUCUCAAGCAGCAGCAGGUUAUAUUUAUUUAUGUUUUAUUUUCUAUCUUUUGUAAAUAUUUGAAGAGUUUCAAUGGCUAAUUAUAUAAGGGGAUGUUGGAGCUGGGUUUAUAUUUUGUUCUUGAAGAAAAAAAAUAAAACUUAUUUCAAAUUGU